GUCUGCUUUGCCUCAGCAAAAAAAAAAUGAAAGCGUUUGACCAUCCGCCGCGUCUGCGACGUCACCGUUGGCUUAUCAUCUGCGCUGCCGGUGUGAGUGUGAUGGUUCUAUUCGCCUACUAUCACCGUACGAUGAAUGCAAGGCUUGAAAACAUUCAGGUACAGCUGCUACAGACUACGCAACGUUCGAUUGCCGGCGAAGGAUCCGACCCAUACAAAGCACCCAGUUAUGAGCUGGAUCCGAGACUGCUGAAACCACCACCGGGCGAUAUGGGCGCUGCGGUGAUUUUACCGGAUGAUCUUCCCCAAGCAGCGAAGGACCUAGCAGACCAGCAAUUUAAGAUGGCAGCACUGAAUCAGUUUGCCAGCGACCUGGCUUCGGUUCACCGACGACUGCCGGACUACAGGGACGAUUGGUGUAAGGAACCGGGACGGUUCCUUGCUCAUCUACCCCAAACGUCGGUGGUGAUUGUCUUCUACAAUGAACCAUGGUCGGUGCUGCUCCGAACCGUGCACUCCGUGCUGGAUCGGUCUCCCCCGCAGUUGCUACGGGAGGUGGUUCUAGUGGAUGAUUACUCCUACCUGCCACAAACAAAAACACAACUGGAUGAAUAUUUUGCCGGCAACACGAAGGUUCGAAUCUUGCGAGCAACCGAACGUUUGGGUCUCAUAAAGGCUCGCCUACUGGGAGCGAAAAACACAACCACGGAAAUGAUUACUUUUCUCGAUGCACAUUGCGAGUGUACCACCGGAUGGUUGGAAGCACAGUUGGACAGGGUGGCCAGAAAUCCAACCACGAUUGCGCUUCCGGCGAUCGAUUGGAUCGACGAGCACAACCUGGCGUACAUUUCGAACAAAUCGCUCUCUUACUACGGUGCCACCGAUUGGGGCUUUCAGUUUGGCUGGCGAGGCCGCUGGGACCGCAAGGUUCAGCACGCGAAUCGACUGGAACCGUUCGAGACGCCCAUCAUGGCCGGUGGACUGUUUUCGAUAAAUCGAACCUUUUUCGCCCAUCUCGGUUGGUACGAUGAGGAUUUUGGCAUCUACGGGGGAGAAAAUGUAGAGCUGUCACUGAAAGCGUGGAUGUGCGGUGGACGGUUGGAAACGGUUCCAUGCUCGAGGGUUGGACACGUUCAGAAGGCGGGUCAUCCCUACCUGCGGGGGCUGAAAACCGAUUGGGUGCGAGUCAACACGGUGCGGGUCGCUGAGGUUUGGCUCGAUCAGUACGCCCAGGUGGUGUACGAUAUGUUCGGUGGUCCUCAGUUUCGGGGGGAUUUCGGAGACGUUUCGGCUAGGAAAAAGUUGCGGCAGAGCUUGCAGUGUAAACCCUUUAAGUGGUAUCUGGAUAAUGUGUUCCCGGAGCUGGAAGAUCCCGUCGGGCGAGGAGUGGGACAUGGACAGUUUAAAAAUGCUGCGUUUGGAGAAAAAUUUUGUCUUCAUUUUCCACGAAUAGAUCGUUCGAUGGGAUUGUUACCCUGCAAGGAAGGCAAUCCUGAUCAGCUGUGGGUGCACAAUAUGUUGGGGGAAAUUAGCACUAAGAACAUCUGCGUGGAUUACACCGGUAAUAUUCUGGAAAUGAUUGGUUGCCACAAAGGGAAAGGAAACCAGGAGUGGAGGUAUUCAAAGCUGAGUAAACAAUUUACUCACGUGCGGCACAACAAAUGUUUGUCGGUUAAGACAGAUGCUCUUCGAGAACUGAUAGCAGAGACGUGUGAUCCCAACAAGGAAGCACAACGGUGGGAGUUUCCGUUUCUGAAUUUAGAAUGAAGAGUAUUAGUCUAGAAUGUGUCUCUCUGAGUCAGUCUAAUUUAACUACCUGAAUAAUUGUGAAUAAGAAAAAAUUAAGCUCCACUUCCGCCAUAUUCGGCAGACUCAUCCAAGCACAAGCUUUUCGCUAGACAGUAGCACAACGUACGGUUCUUCCUCAUUACUGGAAAUAAAAAUGUCCGCUCUUCCGUUUUUAUCAACCAAUACCGUUCUUCCGGUGCACUCAUUGUCCCCUACCUUUCCGCUUAUAAUAUCACAGUAAAUUCCAGCCUCUAAGCACGUAUACACAUUUGCAUCAAAGCUCAGUGAAAUCUCCGCAUUGAUUGCCACAAAACCGACUUUUCCUCUGCAAAAUGCCAGCUGAUUCUGACCAUUAUCAACCCAACU